CCAAUCCCGCACAACGGACAGUAGCGUCUCCAGAAACUGUCCACACUUGACUUCACCUCCGACCGUGUCAUCCACUUGCGUGUGUCCGCCUCACGGUGAGACUGUGUGGGGUGUCUCUGUGGCAGCAGCCGACCUCGACUACGGUUUGAAAGAGUGAUUUGAUACACAUUAGACAGGAAAGGACUCGUGUAAGGAGAAUGUCGGAUUUCGACAGCAAUCCGUUCGCGGACCCGGACUUCAGCAACCCGUUUCAGGAUCCGUCAGUGACCCAAGUGAGACCGGCGGUUCCUCCUGGGCUGGAGGAGUACAAUCCUUUCACAGAUGCCAAACCAAAGCCUGCAGGGACAGCACCCAAGACUGCUGCACCCACCGUCAACACACAACCAGCCAUCAUGAAUCCCACAGAGGAGCCUCCUGCCUACUCGCAGCUUCAGCCACAGGAGCAGCCGCGAGCAGCUGCCGAGCUCUUAAAGCGACAGGAGGAGCUGGAAAGGAAGGCUGCAGAGCUGGACCGCCGGGAGAGAGAAAUGCAGUCACUCAGUGCUUCAGGAGGCAGGAAAAACAACUGGCCUCCACUUCCCGAGAAGUCACCCGUGGGUCCCUGUUUCUACCAUGACAUUACCGUGGAUAUUCCUGUCGAGUUUCAGAAAACCGUCAAGAUCAUGUACUACCUCUGGAUGUUUCAUACCGGAACCCUGCUUAUUAACAUGGUCGGCUGCCUGGCCUGGUUCGCUGUAGACUCAGGACGUGGCAUUGACUUUGGCUUGUCCAUCCUCUGGUUUCUGCUCUUCACGCCCUGCUCUUUCGUCUGUUGGUACAGACCGCUUUACACAGCCUUCAGGAGUGACAGCUCAUUCCGAUUUUUCCUUUUCUUCUUCGUGUACAUCUGUCAGUUUGGCGUCUAUGUGCUCCAGUGUAUCGGCAUCCCUGGCUGGGGCGCCAGUGGUUGGAUCUCAGCUCUGACUUGCCUGAACAGGAGCAUCCCAGUGGGCAUUAUAAUGAUCCUCAUCGCUGCUCUCUUUACCUCGCUGGCCGUCAUGUCACUCAUCAUGUUUAAAAAGGUCCAUGCGAUGUACAGAACCACCGGCGCCAGCUUCGAGAAGGCCCAGCAGGAGUUUGCCACGGGCGUCAUGACCAACAAGACGGUCCAGAUGGCCGCGGCCAAUGCCGCCUCCAGGGCCGCGCAAGAAAGCUUCAAAGAGCAGAUCUGAUUGGCCCGGAGAGCUCGCUCAUCUCUCUCUCUCUCUCUCUCUCUCUCUCUCUCU